AUGGACAGGUCCAAGACCCGGAAACCACACAAGAAAUCUAGGAAAGGCUGCCUACCUUGCAAGGCCCGACAUGUGAAGUGUGAUGAACAAAAGCCACAUUGCGCAAGCUGCGUUAAACAAGGGACUACGUGCGAGUACCGGCCUUCGGGAAGUCGAGAGGCCUCGAACGAAUCGCCAUUGGUUUCUGCAGUCUUGACGCCGACUUCGCCAACAGAAGGCCCCUCUCUCGACCACGUAGUACCGGAUAGCGUGGCACAUGUCGCGCCUGAUGUCACUCUUAAUAUCCCACAACUACGUCUACUGCAUCACUACACAACUGUUACAGCGAAGAGUCUCGCGACAAAUCUCGACGCCGAAGACAUCUUCUCAACUAGUCUUGUAUACACCGCGUUGGAGUGCCCAUACCUUCUUCACAUUCUUCUUGCUCUCACUGCUUUACAUAUGAACCACCUAGGAGGCCACUCGCGCAACGGUGACCUAGACCUUUUACUUCAAGCCGAGCAACAUCACGAUGCGGCUCUAAGCAACUUCCGGGCUUCUGUACGCGACAUCGACGACUCUAAUUUCAAGUCGGUGCUCAUGUUUGCGGGCACCCUCUUUCCGUACUCUUGCGCCCUGUCCAUGGCUGCCAACAGCGAUUUGGACCACGCCUUCAACAGCGUCCUCUCCAAUUUGAUGCUAACCAGAAGAGUCCGCCCAAUGGUCACUGGCGUCUACGAGGCAAUGAGGAGCUCCGAGCUGGGCAAGCUGAUCCCCGAUGACGUGAAAGGCAUCGACUGGAGCACGGAAGAGUCUGUCGCUGAGACUGAGCUCGUGCAGCUGCGCAAAUUCUCCAAAGUCGUGCAUCACAUAUACCCUCCAGACAUUGUCGAUGCAUACGGCCAGGCCAUCCAACUCCUCGAAUUGGUCUUCGCGAGAGCGGCGCAGUCUCCACUACCCCCAUCGGAUGCGCUGCUCAAGAUAUGGAUCCACCUCGUCACCGAUCGGUACGUGGAGCUUCUCUCUGAGAAGCAGCCGGGGUCAUUGAUCGUGUUUGCGCAUUACGCCGUGUUGCUGCGGAGAAGCGAGCACUAUUGGUUCUUGGAAGGCGUGGCAGAGCAGAUUCUUAACAUUGCUGAUGCUCUGGUGCCGAGCGAGUGGCGCUCCUGGUUAGAUUGGCCAAAGGAGCAGAUACGCAGUGCAUCUAUCUUACCUACUCCAUGCUGA